AUGAAGUACUCUCUCUUCGUCUUCUUCCUCUAUCUAACGGCGGUGACUUCAGAUCUAGACUCCGACCGGCGAGCGUUAACCCUCCUCCGCAACAGUGUCCGUGGCCGUCCUCUCCUAUGGAACAUGAAUGCGGCUUCUCCCUGCGCAUGGCACGGAGUCCACUGCGAUUCGGGUCGGGUCACAGCCCUCCGAUUACCCGGAGCGGGCUUAUUCGGUUCGCUACCACUCGGAGGAAUCGGAAACCUGACUCAGCUCCAAACGCUAUCUCUCCGAUUCAACUCCCUCUCAGGUCCGAUUCCUUCGGAUUUCUCGAACCUCGUCCGCCUCCGUUACUUGUAUCUCCAAGGUAACGCGUUUUCCGGCGAGAUUCCGGCGUUUUUAUUCGCGCUUCCGAACGUUAUUAGAAUCAAUUUAGGGGAGAAUGGUUUCUCGGGUCGGAUCCCGGGUAAUGUUAAUAACGCGACGAAGUUGGUUACGCUCUACUUGGAGAGGAAUCAGUUAACUGGUUCGAUCCCUGAGAUUAACAUCACGCUUCAGCAGUUUAAUGUUUCUAAUAAUCAGUUAAACGGUUCGAUUCCGGUUUCGUUAUCCGGUUUUCCCUUAACCGCUUUCCAAGGGAAUACUCUCUGUGGGAAGCCGUUAAACCCUUGCGAAGACGACAACAACGCCGAAAGCCCUAAUUCUCCUCCUCCGGUCUCAGUUUCUCCGCCCGGGGAGAAGAAAGAUAGCGACAAGUUAUCCGCCGGAGCUAUCGCCGGAAUUGUGAUCGGAGCCGUUACCGGUCUGGUACUGUUGCUCUUGAUUCUCUUCUGUCUUUGUAAGAGGAAGAAAGAAGAGAACGGUCCGACAAGAAACGUAGAAGCUCCUGUCGCCGCGGCCACGACCACGGCGGCUGCUAUACCGAAAGAAACGGCGGCUUACGUCCCUCCGGCGAAGACUGCGGCGUCCGGGAGCAGCGUGGUGAAUAAAGACUUGACGUUUUUCGUGAAGACUUUCGGAGAAUUCGAUUUGGAUGGAUUGUUGAAGGCUUCAGCUGAGGUUCUUGGGAAGGGGACGGUUGGGUCUUCGUAUAAGGCGAGCUUUGAGCAUGGUUUAGUGGUGGCUGUGAAACGGUUGAGAGAUGUUGUUGUGCCUGAGAAAGAUUUUAGGGAGAGGUUGCAGGUUUUGGGAUCGAUGAGUCAUCCCAAUCUUGUUACUUUGAUCGCUUACUAUUUUAGUCCUGAUGAGAAGCUUCUUGUGUCGGAGUACAUGUCCAAAGGAAGCUUGUCUGCUCUCUUACACGGGAACAAAGGUAAUGGGAGGGCUCCGUUGAACUGGGAAACUAGAGCAGGUAUAGCAUUGGGAGCUGCAAGAGCGAUUAGUUAUUUACAUUCUCGUGAUUCGACAACAUCUCAUGGAAACAUCAAGUCCGCAAAUAUACUCUUGUCUGAUUCAAAUGAAGCUAAGGUUUCUGAUUACGGUCUAGCGCCUAUCAUUAGCUCCACAUCUGCACCUAACCGUAUCGAUGGAUACCGUGCACCUGAAGUCACUGAUGCUCGCAAAAUCUCUCAGAAAGCUGAUGUUUACAGCUUCGGUGUCCUAAUCCUUGAACUCCUCACAGGGAAGUCUCCAACACAUCAGCAAUUGACCGAAGAAGGUGUAGAUUUGCCAAGAUGGGUCCAAUCCAUCACUGAUCAACAAUCACCAUCUGGAGUGUUUGAUCCUGAACUCGCAGGGCAUCAAUCUCAAGGCAAUGAGAACAUGAUCCGUCUCUUGAAGAUUGGUAUAAGUUGUACAGCUCAGUACCCCGAUAGCCGUCCUUCCAUGGCCGAUGUUACCAGACUCAUCGAGGAGCUUUCGCAUUCAUAA